CCAAAGAAUAGACAGCGAGAACGAGAUCUCGGUGUGGAUAUGGCUUAACCAAAACAUAAACAUGGCGGAAGGUGACAAGGGCGAGCAUAGCAGUCUGGUUGUGAUCGUUUUAGAUACAAAUACUUCCUGGUGGGGAAGUAAACAACCUGAGAGAGGAGAACUUGAGUUUUCGCAAUGUCUUGAUGCUGUGAUGGUAUUUGCCAAUUCUCACUUGAUGAUGAACCACAAAAACAGACUUGCCAUCAUAGCAGCUCACUCUAAUGAAAGCACAUUCCUUUUUCCAAAUCCAGCUAACAGCAACAGUAAUGAACAUUUUGUCAGGGAUGGCAGAUAUGAGUUGUUUAGUCAGGUCAAUGAAACCAUAAAAACAAAGAUUAAGUCGAUUAUAGAUGGUUCCUCAGAAUUAUACUCGGACUGUCUUCUUGCUGGUGCCCUAGGCAUGGCUCUGUGCUAUGCUCAUCGUAUUGAAAAAGAAUGUGUCAUUGGUGAAAAGCUCUCUUCCAGAAUAUUGGUAAUCAAGGGUUCUGAAGACAACCCAUCCCAGUAUAUGAACUUCAUGAAUAUGGUAUUCACAUCUCAGAAACAGAACAUUGCCAUUGAUGCAUGUAUUCUGGAAAAUGAUUCUGGAUUGUUACAACAGGCCUGUGAUAUAACUGGUGGCAUUUACUUGAAAAUAAUUCAACCACAGGGCCUAUUGCAAUAUUUACUGUGGGUAUUUUUACCUGACCCAGACAUGCGGCCUAAGCUCGCCUUACCAGCUCCAGUCCCAGUAGACUACAGAGCUGCUUGUUUCUGUCACAGGAAUCUUAUAGACAUAGGCUAUGUCUGCUCAGUUUGCUUGUCUAUUUUCUGCACCUUCAGUCCCAUUUGCUCUACAUGCCACACAACAUUUAAAUUUAAAGGACCACCCAAAGCAAUGAAAAGGAAAUCAAAGAAACAGAUGAAAGCUAGCUGAUAUACUAUGCCCAGGAAAGAAGAAGCACUUUGUGGAACCAACUCUUAAAGGAUGUGCUCUUUUGUGUUCUUUAUAAUGUAAAGCAUAUGAAAGAAAUAUGAUGAGAGUGAAAGGAAGAAAAAAAGACAUUGUUCCUUUUCUAUCUCAUUUUUUAACUUCCCCACUGUCAGUAUUGUUGUCUGUCUGGUUUAUACUUGGUGGUUGGAAAACUGAUUACCCGUUUAAGCUAAUGUUGGGAGUUAUACUGAUUAUAAAUCAAAAAUGAUUAAAUAAAUUGUUUAAAGGAAA